GGUCUUGCACAUUUUAAAUUCACAGUUUUCCAAACUUUAGCGGACGAGUAGUCAAGAUUCUGAGCUGAACGCCCCAUUUUGUUCAAAUUACAGAUUUUUCUAUAAAAUAUAUGGUCAGAGGAAGGGACAUCCCCUCUGCAAUUGUUUUAAUUCAAGAAUUUGUAAUUUAAAUCAAAUGAACGGCGGUUUUCAGAGGUGUCAGCACACAUGGUGCUAUCAAAAAACUCAUCCUUGCAUUUAUGUACGAAAUAAAGCCAUGCUGGGCAAUGGCUAUAGAUUAGGUGGAUCAGUUGGAACAGAUUUGAAAGAGGGUAUGAGGAAGUUCGGGAAAGAAGCCCAAGGAACUUCAAGGAUUGUUGGCACUUCUCCAUGUAAAUUUGGCAAGCCAAAAGGACAAUCUCCGUGCAAGGAUACCUAUACACGAAACUUAAUAACAGAUUUCAAAGGAAAAACAUGUUUAAAUAAAGUUGGAUCCACAAGUAAAUCCUUGGCUAGUCAAGGAAUGCAAAAUCCAAAGUCAAAAUCAGAUUUGGAACAAAAUCAAAAAGCGCUUGUUAAAGUCAAUCCUAAGCGUAGAAGAGAACGUAAAAAGACGCCUAAAAGAUCAACAGCUGGAAAUAUUGAACAGCCCUUAGAUGACGAUGGUAUAUGGUUUGAAUGCAAUGUGCCCUUUCGAGUAAAUAUUCCCUUUCCUAUUAGCAUGAAGAAUCUAUUUGGUUCGCAGUUGUUUCAAGGCAAUAGCAACUAUCAGAUCCUUAAAGCCGUUGUCCCGGAAGGAAAGUUUCAGAAGAAUAGUAAGCUAGAGUGGCCAUUAAGCUUCUCAAUGCGUCCAGCUCUUCCCAAUCCAGAUCUGCAAUCUAGCAAUUCAUCCACCAAAGCAAUAGCAUUCACAAAGAAAAAAGGAUUUAGACGUGGAAAUAAAGCCUCGCCCUGCGAAACAUCAACUCAAACCAUCGAAGAAGAAUCCGAUCCUGUUUUGAUCUGCCUCGAACAAAUUAGAAAUCAACUGGCUGGCAAAACUUCUGAAGGUCAAGAGAAAAACUUAUCACGCUGCUUUGCUGAGAAAUCUACAAAUGAAAGUAGCAUUCAGAGCGAAAGAAAUGAAGCCGGUGUGGAAAAUUCUAAGCAGUCAUCCCCAAAUGAACCCAUUGAACCUGAGAGAGACGAUAAAAGUGAGAAUUCGAAGCCCUCUAAUCCAAAAGAGACAGCAUCAGUAGGAAGUUUUAAGAAUAGUUCAUCAAGGAAUUCUUUAAACACAUUACCGCAGCCUAAAUCAGAGACCAACAAUAAGGAAAAGAAAAGUACGCCUCCUAAAACUCAGGCAAAAUCCAAUGCCGAUUCUUCAUCGGUUUCCACAGAAAGUCAGAAAAAGUCUGAAGAAAAGGUAGAAGCUAAUUCAAUUCGUAAGGAUGAAAACUUGAAAAAACCAAAGGAAACCGAUAAGAAAACUAAUUUUGUAUGUGUUCCCACGCCUAUUUUAAAACCACAUAUUUGUCUGUGCAGGAUACCAAGAGUUAUUCCAAAGUUUACAAGGGUUAUGAUGCCGAGUACAGUGUGUCAGCCUCAUUUUAUGGGUGGAUGUCGAAUGCCAAAAUGGCAAAAUCAUAGGCAAAGCAACCAACAUUACUGCCAAUGUAUCCACGCACAAGGACAUCAAACUCGAAUGCCUUCUACAACUGCAUCUAGGAAGGAUGCCAUACAAUAUGAAGAAGUAAAAUCAGUAUCUUGUGAAAAACCGAUGUCUAUGGGCAAACGGGGUAUUAUGAAACGAGAAUCGGUACAGCCUAAUCGAAGACUCGGAGAUAGUACCUUAAAUAAGAACAUUUGCUUUAGGGAUCGCAUCUCCACUUACAGUCAAUCAACCGAAAUGGAGCUGCCAAAAACAACAAAACAAUGUCCCCGAUAUGAUUGUUCAUAUACUUCCAGCAGAACCAAUACUGAUUGCGACUAUAGAUCCUCAAAUAGCGAAUUUAGAUCCUCGAAGUGUGUGAAGAGUAAAAGUUCACAAAAAUCUUCUGAUAUGAGUGUUUCAAAUAGUAGUUAUACUGCCACAAGUGAAAGGGAGUGUUUUUCUGAAGGAUCGAAGACCAAGGAAAAAUGCCCAAAGGAAUCUUCUCCAGAAAGAAACUCAAAUAUAAGCAGCCACGAAUCCCGGCCAUCGUCUAGAAAAACAUCUCAUAGUUCUCUUAAGAAUAGUUCGAAAACGAAAAAAUCUUCCCAACUAAAUGAAGUUAAACAAAUUGUAAAUAAAAAUCAAGAUAUUCCACGAAAUCAAACAAGAAAUAAACGGAAACAACCACAUAAGAAUCGUAUGAGUUCUGGAGGCGAAACUUUUCCAGAGAACUCCACAGAUUGUGAUCAUGAUGAAGUCUCUGAAGUGGCAGAAGCACAAACUCCGAGCACAUCCAAAAACAGUAUCUCAGAAGCUUUGAAAGCAAGUCAUAGUAAAAGUGCCAUUGAUAUAAAAGAAAGUAGCAUCAGUAGAAACUCGGACCAUUUAAUUUCUGAAAGAAAUACGCGAAAAGAAAGUUCGCAAGAAAGUGAGAAACGAAACCCGGAUCAAAGAAUAAAUUUAGAUAGCCAUCAAAACGCUGGGGUUAAUCCAAAAGAAACUACAGAUCAAAGUUGCAAUACAAAUCGAGAAGUAUCUUUCAGGCAGCGCUCAAAUUCAGCUCCAGAAUGCUGUAUGCUUCAAUUCGCCCAAGGAAACCAAACAAAUAGAUCUGAAAAACCACAUCCAACUUCAGAGGAAAAUUGCAAAGAAAGACACAGUUGUCCGGAAAACGUACUUGUACUCAAGGACGAAACUUGUGAAAGUGAUUCAGAUGACUAUGAACUCGUAAGAUGCAAUGAUAUCUCAACAGAAGAAGAGACUGUACCUGCGAACUGUCCUGAAUGCGAAACUCCGAACUACAGUAUAAAUGCAAGUAUUAUAAAUCAACUUAGAAAUGAGGAAAGCUCGAUUAGUUCUACACAAAGCCAAAUAACCUUUAUCCUUGCUGACGAUCAACGUCUAAAUGAUCUUAACAUAUCACAACAGGACCAAGGAAGAGAAAAACCACCAAUGGUGCAAGUACCUUUUCGUAUGAGCAGCACGGAAGAAUUGGGAAUUUCUCAGCCAAAACAAUUGAGGAAAUUGGGUCUAAAGUUCACCAGACUCAAUACCAACCAACUUCAAAUGGCACCAGCAACUACAAGACACCUUCCACUACAAACCCAGAAAACAAAAAGAAUGAGGAAUCGAAACUGCAAUUCUUCUGUUGGUCAGAUGAACGGUGUAUUUGUUCUAGCUUCUUCGCCAUCUACUAGAACGGAUACAGCAGGCCAAUCCACUGAAAGGAGAAAUAGGAAUCUGCAGCAUAUAAAUCAUCCAGGCGGUUCACAUUCUUUGAGUAACAAUCCACCAUCUUUAGAAAAUAGACGUAAAGCCCCAUCCCAAACAUCUUACCCAGUACUUAGACGUAUUCAAAGAAAUGAUUCAAACAAUUCGCAAAGCCGAAGAUUCAUUUCGGUUAGCAGCCAAUAUCCUGAGCAACUGAAUAUGUAUUACGAAAAUCAGCACAGACAAGAUGAAUACCGAACUUGUAAUAGAAAUAAUAGUGACCAAAGCCACCGAGAUAGUCAUCAAAACGAAGAAAGGUCGCAUAAUUCAGCUAUAGUUGGAGCUUCUGGGUAUUCUACCGACUUAACUUGGACAGAUCUACCUCCGAACUCCCGAUUAGUAGCUCCCAAUACAUCGACUGAUGUGGAAACACUGGAAACGGUAACCCUAAUGCAUCCUCGAAAACUUCGUAGUUGUGAAAGUGCUGGGAACAGAAACCAGGCAAAUGCCAAUGAAAACAUAGUUCUUAUAGAGACAACAACUCCCUGUAACAGGGAAAUUCUACUCCAGGCCUGUGGACGACCGCCAUGUAACUCUUGUACUCAUCACUACACGGGUCUUCCCCCAAGUCUCCAUCAAGGAUUUACGAAGCCUCCGGAUCAUAUGCUACAACCGCAGAUCUCUGUGAGUGCUCCACAAAAUAUCACUCCCUUCGAUGAGGGAUUCCUUAUAGAUCCGCGGGAUCAGUGGAUGACCACUAAGUCACCAGCUUCAGCACCAGCCAUGCAGCAUCAAUUUCAAAUGAAGGAACAGUGUCAGCCGGAACAUAGAUCCUAUCAUCAAUUUCAGGAACCUGUACAUACUCCAGACACAAGUUCCUCUCAGCCCAGAAACCAUGGCUACAAUCCUCAACUAAAAGAGAACAUUCGAAUGCUUCCAGAUGGAUUCUAUGAACGCACCGUGAAUAAGUAUAACAUAACACGCAUGGAUUCAAACUUUCAGCCACCGGAAUUUUCACUGCAGCCAGAUUUUCUUCACGGAGAACAGCACCCUACUUUCAGACAGCACUCUUGUCCAUAUAGCAAUCAAUAUCAUCAUCCGCAACUGAUGAUGACAGCCGUCCCAGAUCCUAAUCGACGUUAUAUUCCACCACAAAACCAAUACCCAGCCGAGAUGUUCUGGCCACAGCAAAAUGUACAUUUGGAUUACUAUGAUCAAUCGGAAUACCAAAUUUAAUCCAAACAGUUGCAAGAAUACAUAAAAUUACUUUAAAAACCAAUUAAAAUUGU